AUGGCCACCACCAAGGCCAUGGCGUCCUCCCCAGUCAUCCUCCUCCUCGCCACGAUCCUUCUGGUCGUGACUUCCGUGCAUGCGCACUACGACUGCCCGCCACCUCCGGCGGCCCUGACACCUGAAGCAUCGACACCAGCACCGGUAGCAUCGACACCGGCAAUGGCACCUGUAGCAUCGGCCCCGGAACCGGUACCAUCCGCAUCGGCACCGCCACCGAUAGCCAUUGCCCCGACACCGGUAGCAUCAGCACCGGCACCGCCACAGAACGCAUCGGCCCCAUCCACAGGCAGCGGGCAGUGCAAGCUGAGCGAUGUAGCUGAGUUUGGAGUGUGUGUCAACCUCAACUUCGGAAGGAUGGGCAUGGCCAGUAGAGACAUGUGCUGCCGAAGGAUCCGUGGGAAGCCAAUCGUCAAUGCCGUGACUUGCCUAUGCACCACUUUCUGGCAGUUCAAUGUUCGUGCCCGAGCCAAUAUCGGCAACAACGUCAAUGCCGUCCUCGAAAUCUGCGGAAUAUCUCGCAUCCCCGACCCCGUUUGCCUCCUAUUAUAG